AUGUACCUGGUCACUGUGCUCGGGAACCUGCUCAUCAUCCUGGCCACAAUCUCAGACUCCCACCUCCACACCCCCAUGUACUUCUUCCUCUCCAACCUGUCCUUCGUAGACAUCUGUUUUGCCUCCACCACAGUCCCAAAGAUGUUGGUGAACAUCCAGACACAGAGCAAAGUCAUCACCUAUGCAGGUUGCAUCACCCAGAUGUGCUUUUUCGUACUCUUUAUAGUGUUGGACAGCUUCCUCCUAACUGUGAUGGCCUAUGACCGGUUCGUGGCCAUCUGUCACCCCCUGCACUACACGGUCAUCAUGAACCCUCAGCUCUGUGGACUGCUGGUUCUGGUGUCCUGGAUCAUGAUUGUCUCCAUAUUUUAUGGUACAGGGUUAGGGGUGUACCUUAGCUCUACUAUGACCCAAAACUCACACUCAACUGCUGUCACCUCGGUGAUGUACACUGUGGUCACCCCCAUGCUCAACCCCUUCAUUUACAGUCUGAGGAAUAAAGACAUAAAGGGGGCUCUGACACAAUUCUUCAGAGGGAAACAAUAA